CCGAGGAGGGCACUUUUUGUGAUGGCAACUUCACUUCUAGGGGUGAGUCUGAGGGGUUUCUUGCUGGUUUAAUUAGUUAUUUUAUUGUCCAGCGGAGGAGAUUAACAUUACUUCGGUCACAGCAGGAAAGACAGUUCGUUGAUUAUGUUUUAAGCAAGUGGGUCACGAGAAAAAAGCUGAGAUUCAUUUCGCCGCGACAGAGAGAGACGCGCACGGGAUAGAACUUUCUACUGAUGUGCCCAAGACGCGCAUGUUACCGUGCAUGUCACAUUUAACGAGGAGCCGAGGUUGGGAUCGACUCCUUUAGCCAUGUUGGCUGCGACAUGCAACAAAAUAGGGAGUCCGAGCCCUUCACCAUCCUCCAUUUCGGAUAAUUCUUCAUCGUUUGGUAAAGGCUUUCACCCGUGGAAGCGAGCCACCGCCAGUAGCUGUAGUCUCGGCUCCGGUCUGUCCGGUUUCGGAGUGUCCCGUAACGGAGCUGGUCUAUCGGACUCGUUUGGUACCAACAGCUCCACCGGAUCGAGUGCCUUCUCCCUCACUUCUGGGACCUCAUCCACGUCCCACUUUGGAAACGAUUAUUCUGUAUUUCAGGCCUCCGUUACAAACAGUUCCCAAGAACCCAGCCACCAGCCCGUUUUUAUUUCCAAGGUACACACGUCAGUGGACAGUCUGCAAGGCAUCUACCCAAGAAUGAGCGUUGCGCAUCCAUACGAGUCCUGGUUCAAGUCGUCCCAUCCUGGUAUCCCCACAGGAGAGGUUGGCACCACCGGCGCAUCUGCGUGGUGGGACGUGGGAGCGGGAUGGAUUGAUGUUCAGAACCCGAAUGGGGCAGCACUACAGACGUCUUUGCACUCCGGUGGACUCCAGACGUCGUUGCACUCCCCUUUGGGGGGUUACAAUUCCGAUUACUCCAGUUUAAGUCACUCCGCCUUCAGCACAAGUCCCUCUUCUCACCUUUUGACAACCGGACAGCACCUGAUGGACGGAUUCAAACCGGUGCUGUCCUCUUAUCCGGACUCUAACCCGUCUCCAUUGGCCGGAGCUGGGGGGACUAUGCUGUCUGGGGGGCCAACGGCCUCCCUAGCCGGGUCUCCACGGUCUUCAGCACGUCGCUACUCCGGUAGAGCCACCUGCGACUGCCCCAAUUGUCAGGAGGCGGAGAGGCUGGGACCAGCGGGAGCGAGUCUGCGGCGGAAAGGGCUCCAUAGCUGUCACAUCCCGGGCUGUGGGAAAGUUUACGGGAAAACCUCGCACCUCAAGGCACACUUGAGAUGGCACACCGGAGAGAGACCGUUUGUGUGUAACUGGCUGUUUUGCGGGAAGAGAUUCACGCGCUCUGACGAGCUCCAGCGACACUUGCGCACGCACACGGGGGAGAAAAGGUUCGCAUGUCCGGUGUGCAACAAGAGGUUUAUGCGGAGCGACCACCUGAGUAAACACGUAAAGACUCACAGCGCAGGGGGCUCCGCCGGGUCUGGCUCCGGUAGCGGGGGGAAGAGGGGAAGUGAUACUGACAGCGAACACAGCGCUCCGGGGAGCCCUCCGUGCCAUUCCCCCGACCUGUUGCAACCUCCGGAGUCUGCCCAGGGAACAGGAAACGAACGGCCUUUCUAAACUCACUCAACUAAGUAUAACAUCUGGGAAUAGCCGAUAACCUAAGGGAAAUGGUGAAAAAAAUACAGUGGACAUACGUUGAGUAUGCGUAAAUAUGCCCAUUUGCCGAGUUGAGUUAAUCAAGUGCUUAAGACUAGGCCUACAGAUCAAAUUAUCUAAUUGUAGCCUAUUAAUUGUGGGUGUACAGGUAAAAUACAGUAGUGGUAAAGUAAACCUGUGGUCAUUCUGGGGCACAAUAUAAAAGCAUUCUUCUAACGCACAGACUGAUGAUCCAAUCCGGGUACCCUAUACUUUGGUGUACCCGUUUGAGUGUUUUUGCAACAUGGUUAUGACAUUGGUAUGACAAUUAGCAAGAAAUAGAAAUCGGUGUUCUAUCAAUUGGUGGCCUGCAAUAUCGUGUUACUGCUGUGCUGACGUACUUUGAUCCCAAACCAAACUGUGGCACUUUAUUAGCCUGUUGAACACUAGAAAUGAUCAGUGUGUGUCCUCUUCGACGGGCUGCUUUGUAAGAACAUAUCACAUAUGUGUGGUGAUCAACGUUUUUCUUAUGCCCUUAUCGUCCUUAUCACACACAUCAUCUGUUUAUUAAAAAUGGAAGGUAGGUUAUACACACAUUGGUCAUAUCGCACAUUGGUUAAAUGCUCCACAAGACAAUAUCAUAGAGCCGUGACUGCAAGGCUGUAUAUAGGAGAGAUGUAGCCUAAUCGGUUAGAAAAAUUAUUACGCACCAAUGUAAAGGUGAGUUAUGUAUUUGUCCAGAAGACCAUUUUUGUAUAGUCAUUUCUAGUUGUAAAUUUGGCUCUAGUAAAUAUUUGAAAACGGAAGUGUAUUUGGAUUCUUUUCAUUUUUAUUUUGUUUGUUUGCCGGGAUAUAAAAAAAAUGUUAUUGUGGGGAGUUAUAUUUAACCACGAGUUUAGUGUAUUUCCCUGUCUAUUAUUAGACGCACUUUGAAUUUAUUUGUAAGAUGAUUUUAAAAUCAUUCGAUGUUUAUUAUUCUCAUGUUUUAAUUUAAGUAAGCAUGUUGUAAAGUGACGUUAAUUUCACAAGCAAAUUUUCUCAGAGACUGGCUUUCUAAUUUAAGCCACUCAAUAAAGUCAGUAUGGAUUCAGAAGCAAUUCGUUUAGACUCCGUUUGUUUGCUAUGUAAUUGAAAUUGAAUGCAUGCCACAGUUGACAACGCUAUUCUUUGCAAGAUUUUAGAAGUCGGCUAAAAUGUGCCAAAUAUGACCACUGGUUGCUGCAUGGAAGAGUCUAACUUCAUUAUGAUAAGAUGUUCUGAUGCUAUGAUACUUCAUAACCGAUGCUAUGGUAUUUAAUAUGGCUGAUAACUUGGGUGUUAUAGUUUUAAUACUUAAUCUCACUAGUUUUAUUUAAUCAAAUUGUCUGUAAUCUGUACUUUUGUGGC